UAAACCCGCCAUUCUUCUUCGACCUCAAAACCUCUCUUCCCUUUUCUUCCGCAGCUAUCUCCUCUCACCUCGCUUCAGGGCUUCAACAAUGGGUCGCAAGCUCAAAGACCCCUCUACUCUCACCGACCCAGAUGCCCAGGAAGCCGCCAACAACCACCGCGAAGCCAAAGCCGAGAAGAAGAAGAAGAAAAACAAGCACAGCAAACACACAAACGAAGAAGAAGAAGAAGAACACCACCAGCUCAGCCCUCCCAAACGAAAAUUGGAGGAAGAAAACUCAGAUUCUAAGAAGAAGAAGAAGAAGCAGAAGAAAUCGAAAGAGAGCGAAGAAGAAGAGCCCAAGGGAAAUGGAGCUGUGGCGGUGGUGGUGGAGGAGAGUAACUCUACUGAUGCCGUUGUGAUGGUUACUGGGAAAGAUUCUGAUGAAGCCAAGUACAAGCCAUUGGAUUCGUUUGCGGAGUCGAAGUUGCCGAGUGAGGUUCUACAGUGCUGUGUGAAUUUCAAGAAGCCGUCGCCGAUUCAGUCACGUGCGUGGCCGUUUUUGCUGGACGGUCGUGAUUUUAUCGGGAUUGCGAAAACCGGGUCUGGUAAGACUUUGGCGUUUGGGAUACCAGCGAUUAAUCAGGUCUUGAAUAAGAGGAAUGGCAAGUUUUCGAGGGGGCGGUAUCCUCUUUGUCUUGUGCUUGCGCCGACGAGGGAGCUGGCUCAACAAAUUUCAGAUGUGCUUGUUGAGGCUGGGAAAUCAUGUGGGGUGGAAUCAGUUUGUUUGUAUGGAGGAACAUCUAAAGGACCUCAAAUAUCUUCUCUGAAAUCUGGUGUGGACAUUGUUAUUGGUACACCUGGUCGUUUGAAGGAUCUCAUUGAAAUGGGUUUGUGUUGCCUUCAGGAAGUAUCUUUUGCGGUCCUUGAUGAAGCAGAUAGAAUGCUUGACAUGGGAUUCGAACCUGAAGUCCGCUAUAUACUGGGACAGACAUGCUCAUCUCGCCAAAUGGUGAUGUUCAGUGCGACCUGGCCUCCAUCAGUUCAUCAGCUAGCUCAAGAGUUCAUGGAUCCUAAUCCAGUUAAGGUGGUUGUUGGUUCAGAGGAUUUAGCUGCCAAUCAUGAUGUCCUGCAGAUAGUUGAGGUUUUAGAUGAUCGAUCUCGUGAUGCACGUUUGGCUGCUUUGCUGGAAAAGUACCACAAAUCAAAAGGGAAUAGAGUUUUGGUUUUUGUUUUGUACAAAAUGGAAGCUACUCGUGUUGAGAAUAUGCUGCAAAGAGGGGGUUGGAAGGUCUGUUCUAUACAUGGUGAUAAAGCACAAAAUCAGCGCACACAGGCACUAUCUCUAUUUAAGCAGGGAAGCUGUCCCUUGAUGAUAGCUACUGAUGUGGCUGCUCGAGGAUUGGAUAUCCCAGAUGUGGAGGUGGUGAUUAACUAUAGUUUUCCACUCACUACUGAGGAUUACGUCCACAGAAUUGGGCGCACUGGACGGGCCGGUAAGAAGGGUGUCGCUCAUACCUUUUUCACACAUCACAACAAGGGACUUGCUGGGGAGCUGGUCAAUGUUCUCAGGGAAGCUGGGCAAACUGUGCCAGCUGACUUGUUAAAAUUUGGCACUCAUGUAAAGAAAAAGGAGUCCAAACUUUAUGGGGCUCACUUCAGAGAAAUUUCCGCCGAUGCUCCAAAGGCUAAAAAGAUUACAUUCGUCGACUCUGAUGAAGACUAACUCUUUUUGCAACCUCAAAACCAUUCUUAAAUAGGGCACCAGCAAGAUAUAGAGUUGGUUAGAUAAACCGAUUUCUAUGUAACAUAUUUUUUGAUUUUGUUUACUUCCCUUUCCUUUUUCUGUGUCUCUUCAUCAGAUGUAUACUAAAAUUCAAUUCAUAGAUGCUGAAUAAGUAUAUUUGAUUAUUGGUUUUUGAAUUUAUGAUCUUAAGCUCUUCCUGCAAAUUGAUCAGGCAUUUGUAGAUAAUGUACUUCAUUUGAGGAUAUGAUUGCGAGCAACAUUACUUGAA